UGGAAAGAGGCUAAAGACGAUAAUGGCAAAGUCUACUAUUACAAUUCAGAGACAAAAGCCACAACAUGGGAGAAACCAAAAGAAUUGUAUACUUUAUUGGAAAAAGUUUUAGAUAAAUCAGAUUGGAAACAAACAACGGCUGAAGGUGGUCGUGUUUAUUAUUAUAAUUCAAAAACUCAACAAUCAGUAUGGGAAAUACCCGAAGAGAUACAAAGUCAAGUUGAUCUUUUAGAAAAAAAUGAGAACUCGGAUAAAGAUGGCUCUUUUGAUGUAUCAAUUUCAAUUACAAAUGAUGGGAAUGGGAUACGUUCAAUUAUUGAUCCAAAUGAGAAAUAUCAUAGUGAAUCUCCAUUAUUUGUGAAACAGGUAAAUGUUAAUUCACAAAAAGAAGCCGAGGAUAUCUUUAUUGAGAUGCUUAGAGAACAUGAAGUUGAUGCAACUUGGUCAUUUAGUAAAAUUAUGGAUUUUUUCAUCAAAGAUCCAAGAUAUUGGGUCGUGGAGGAUUCACUAGAGAAAAAAAGAAUAUUUGAAACAUAUUUAAAUAACAGAACUAAAGAAGAAUUGUUUAAAGAAAACAAUUCAAUUGAAAAAUUUAAAGAAGCUUUUUUAGGAUUAAUACGAAACAACAAAAAAAUCAAAUAUUAUACAAGAUGGAAAACCGCAAGAAGAUUAAUUCAAGAUGAACCGAUCUAUGCACACUCCGUUAUAAGUGAAAAGAUCAAAAGGCAAACAUUCCAAGAAUAUGUUGAUGGCUUAAGAAAAGAUCAUGAAUCAAAUGAAGAAAAACUAAGAGAACAAGCAUUAAUUGAAUUGAAUGAAUAUUUCAAAACUAUGAAUUUGAACCUAAGUUCUAAUUGGGAAAAUACAUUGAAAUCAAUUAAGUCUGAUGCAAGAUUUGAACAAAAUAAACAUUUCCAAGUAUUGAAUCAAGUGGAUCUAAUCAAUGUUUACAUUGAAAAUAUGAAAUUGUUACAAAAAGAUUAUGAAGAUAGAAUUAAAAAAGCUGCAAGUGCCAAUUACAGAAAUGAUAGAAAGGCAAGAGAUGAAUAUAGAAAUUUAUUAGCUGAAUUGAAAGAAACAGGUUUGUUAAGAGCCGAUUCUAAAUGGCCUGAAGUUUAUUCAUUGAUUAAAGAAGAUGAUAGGUUUGUGGGGCUGUUGGGAAGAAAUGGAUCGAAUCCAAUCGAAUUAUUUUGGGAUGUUAUUGAUGAGGAAGAAUUACUUGUUAGAGCUAAAAAGGAUAUUGUUGAUCAAUUAUUACUUCAUAAUAAUUUUGUUAUUAAAGAUGAUGUUGAUCUUGAAGAGCAGAAAACUAAAUUGAUUGAAAUUUUGAGAAAAGACCAACAAACUAAAGAAUAUGAUGAAGAUACAGUUGAUAUGAUUUAUGAUAGAAUAUUGAAACAGAUUAAAGAACAAAGAGAAAAGGAUAAAUUUGCAUAUGAACGUAAAAUUAGAAGAUUACAAGAAGAGUUUAGAUCAUUUUUACGUAAAUUUGAAAAUCCAAAAAUUACAAUUGAAACAAGUUGGGAUGAAAUAAAACCAAAGAUUUCACAAUCUCCAGAAUAUUUGGCAUUACCUGAUGAACAAACUAGAUUAAUAGCAUUUGAAAAAUUUAUCAAUAGAUUGAAAGAGAAGAGAAUUGAAAUUGAAGCCAGUAAAGAA